UGCGCGACAUUCGAAUAAUAUCACAAUAGUGAUAAAAGAAAUGUCGGUUAUUCAAUGAUACUGAUUUGCGUUAUCAUCGCCAGGAGGAAAAAGCCACGAGGAUGUGCCGCCCACACAUACGUUUUACUCGUCGCUCGCUGUCUCGAGGACUCUUAGUUAAUUCAACAGUUUCGUCGCGAUCGAGUUCCACGACAAUGAAGCAGUUAUUAAUUAUUUAUCUUCUUUGCACGUUCUUCCAAGCGGCGUUAUUGGCGUCGCCAUGUGUGAGGAUCACAUACAAACGAACGAAUGAUGUUGGAUUUCAGUGCACUCAGUUAACGACACUGCAACAGCACUUGGACGAAGCAUGGACCAACACGACGAUCAUUACGAUUUUCGAUUCGAAUAUACCUAACAUACCCGGACACAAUUUUGCGAGAUUCGGGGCGACUCUCGUGACUUUAGAUCUACAUGAAUCGGGCAUACAGACGUGCGACGCUCAGGCAUUCGUAGGUCUCACGAAGCUGAAAAAGCUGAUGCUCUGGGGCAAUAAACUGACAAGUGUGCCAGGAGAUUGGUUUGUGAACAUGCAACACUCCCUGCAGACUUUGGACGUGUCGUUCAACUUUAUUCGGUGGAUCGACUAUACGGUCUUCCAGAUGCUUCCUAAUUUGGAGAACUUUUACUUCGACUACAACCAACUGAGCUAUAUCGAUUACAACAUGUUCGCUUAUCUGGGUAAUUUGAAGAAAGCAAAAUUCAGCAAGAAUCCAUGGAGUUGGCCGUAUCGCGCUCGUUUGACAUGGCAAUUGGAGAACCAGAAGGUUGAGAUGUUAGACACAUGGGAAGAUUGGAACUGGAUGAACGCCGUGAUCAAGGACUGUGUCGAGAGUGGUCGCGGCGAGUUGCCAAGCGAUAAGGUACUCGAUUGCGUCGUGGAGAAGCUGCUCGCGUUCACCUACGAGACCUUCAGCACGCAGGAGAGGAGUAGCCCGGGUGGAUGCAGCGAGCAGACCAUGCGAUUAGUACGUUGCAUGAGACCGAGCAAUGCCACUGGUGACACCGAUUACGAAACGGUACGGAGGAUCUUGGAGGAUUAUUCUACGAUUCUACCGUCAAUGCAAAGAGCAUUAAGCCCCUUCCCGUUGAAACGAUAAACGCGAUGUCUCUGUCUUCUUAGGGACUUCUUUUAGGAUAAAGGUAAAUCUUGAGACACUUCUACCAUAAAUUUAUUACCGUGUACUCUAUAAUUGCGAGAACUCUUAAUCGAUACGUUUCUGAUUCUGUAUAUAAACUUCAAAUGGAUAAAUAAAAAGAAAAAUGCGUGAUUAUA